GCCUGUCGUUUGAACUCACAACUCAGCGCUGCUCUGCUGCUCAAAUAGACACGCACACACCUGUCUCCGGGCAGGCACGCGGCGGCACCGGCAAUCGUCCCAUCCGCUCCAUUAACGCACACUCCACUCCUCCACGCCGGGGUUCAGGCGCGCGGCCAGGCCAUCAACGCUGCCGCGAGCGCACAUAGGGGAUGGGCGGCGCCGGCGGAGGAGCCGCCGCCGGCACGAGGUCGCUGGACCAGACGCCGACGUGGGCCGUGGCCGCCGUCUGCGCCGUCAUCGUCGCCGCAUCCAUCCUGCUCGAGGGCCUCCUCCACCACCUCGGCCAGUUGCUCAGCAAGAAGCGGAAGAAGGCGCUGUUCGACGCUCUGGAGAAGGUUAAAUCCGAGCUGAUGACUCUGGGGUUCAUAUCGCUGCUGCUGACGGUGACGGGGAGGUACGUAUCGCGCAUCUGCAUCCCGGAGGGAGCCGCCAACACCAUGCUGCCCUGCGUUCGAUCCGGCCACUCGGAGGCGAAAGAGCCCAGUGGUCAUGGCCGACGGCACCUAUCUGAAGAUUCGACCGACCUCUUUUCCUGCCCCAAAGGCAUGGUGUCGCUUGUUUCAGCCGACGGGAUGCAUCAGCUGCAUAUUUUCGUGUUCUUCUUGGCCGUCUUCCAUGUCACGUUUAGUUUCUUUACAAUGUCCCUGGGUAGAGCAAAGACGCGUAUAUGGAAGGUGUGGGAAAAGGAAUUACCAACCUACGAAUUCCAAUACGAUCCCUCAAAGUUCAGGCUUACUCAUCAAACAUCUUUUGUGAGGCAACAUGCAAGCAGUUGGAGCAAAAGCGCAGUCAUGCUUUAUGUUGUGAGCUUCUUUAGACAGUUUUUUAGAUCUGUUCGGAGGACAGACUACUUUACUUUGCGGCAUGGAUUCAUUGCAGCUCAUUUAUCUCCAGGGACCAGGUUCAAUUUUCGAAAGUAUAUCAAGAGGUCAUUGGAGGAUGAUUUCAAGACAGUUGUUGGCAUUAGUCCACCUUUAUGGGCCUCUGCUCUCGCUGUCAUGCUCUUCAAUGUUCAUGGAUGGCAUAACUUGUUCUGGUUCUCAACGAUUCCCCUUGUAGUGAUUCUAGCAGUUGGAACAAAGCUGCAGGCUAUAAUUGCUAUGAUGGCUGUUGAAAUUACAGAGAGGCAUACAGUUAUUCAAGGCAUGCCAGUGGUAAAACUGAGUGAUGAUCAUUUUUGGUUCGGGAAGCCUCGUCUGGUUCUCCAUCUCAUCCAUUUCGCAUCAUUUCAGAAUGCAUUUGAGAUUACAUAUUUCUUUUGGAUUUGGUACGAAUUUGGGCUGAGAUCCUGCUUCCAUGACAGCUUUGAGCUUAUCAUCGCAAGAGUCUGCCUUGGGGCUGUCGUCCAAUUUAUGUGCAGCUAUAUCACCCUUCCACUCUAUGCCCUUGUAUCUCAGAUGGGGUCACAAAUGAAGAGAACAAUUUUCGACGAGCAGACGGCGAAGGCCCUGAAGAAGUGGCACAAGGCAGUGGUGAAGAAGAAGCACAACAAGGAGUCGUCAGAUGACCCUUCCCAGACCCCAAGCACGGACACAACAACAGGAGGAACGGAGGCGAGCGAGUGGCGUCGGCCGCACGAGGUGCCGGUCCGCCACCUCCACCGUUACAAGACCAUCGCUCACGUCGGCGGCACGAGAAGCCCGCUGUCGGACUCGGACUACAGCGACACGGAGGACGCCGAGCCGCUGUCGUCAUCGCAGACCAGGCACCUGAUACCGCCGGCGAAGCAGCGGAGCCUGGACACCGGGGGGGCGGAGGUGCGCGUGGAUGUUGCGGCGGCGGCGCCGCCGCGCGCCGUCCUGCAGGACAGCUUCUCGUUCCCGAGGCCGCCUCCUCACCAUGUGCCGGACAAGCGUGCUAGUGUUUAGCAGCAGCAGCAGCAGCAGGAGGUGAUGCUAACCUAUAUGAGAGAUCGAACGCUUUAGAUGAUGGUACUCCAUUCAUUCUAAAUUAUAGAUAUUUUGAUUUUUCUAAGUUCAUAGCUUUUGCUAUACAUCUAGAAUGUACUCUAUGUCUAGGUGUAUAUCAAAAUAUAUGAACUUAGGAUACCAAAACGACCUAUAAUUUGGGACGAAACGGAGGAAGUAUUAGAUUAGUAGUAUUUCAGCUUUGUAGUAUAGUUGCCUGCUGUAAGUCAUGUCUGGAUUGAUGACUGCGGAUGUUUGUCUUUUGGGGCUAAUUCAGGUGUUAGUGGUGUGGUUAGCUAGAGCCUAGAGCCUAGUAUAGUCGUUGAUUUACUUGUAAGCAAAGUGAUUUCAUGGAACAGUAAAGCUAAAGCAGAGUGAAAUCCAUGGAGCCUUCACUUAGAGGGGUCGUUUA